AUGCCUUUUGCCAAUCCUGCUUUAACAUCUAUCAUUAACCGUCGUACACUAUACAAAUUAAAGCCUACUUUACCAACUGGUUUGACUUUGAAACAAAUUCAAGAUGCUGUUCAUGAAGUUGUUAAACACACCCCUACUGCUCAUAAUUCUCAACCAAACCGUGCCAUUAUUUUAACUGGUAAGUCUCAUCAUAAAAUAUGGGAUCAUGUUGUUAAAGAAAUGGGUGAAAACUCACUAGGUGUUAGACGUCCAACUUCAGUUAGAGAUGAAGCGUUUGGGUCUGUUUUUUUCUUUAUUGAUGAAGCUAUUACUAGGAAGUUACAGAAAGAAUUUCCAAAACACGAUUUCACAUUUCCGUUAUUUGAUGAACAGGUUACAGGCGCUGCUCAAAUCCAGACUUGGACAGUUUUACAAUCGAUGGGAUUAGGGGCUCAUUUACAACAUUAUAAUUUCUUCAUUGAUGAUUCAUUACCAGAAGAUAUUCCAAAAAGUUGGAAAUUAAAAGGCCAAUUAGUAUUUGGUACCCCAAUUGCUGGUCCAAGAGAAAAGAUUUUCCAAGACAAUCCAAUUAAAAUCUAUGAUUAA